CUCUUGGCGUCCAGUCCCAGCGGUGCUGUUUGGAGUUAGCUACGAGGACCUCAGAUUCGGUCGGUAACCCCGGCGCAGCGGAGCUUCGGGCGCAGCGGCGGUCGCGCGGGUGAGCACCGCAGGGCUCUGCGGCGCGGUGGAGGGAGCUGUGCGCGUCCCCGCGCCGCGGCUCUGCAAGGGACGGAGCGCCCCGGGCCGAGGCGCCAGGGGCCUGCGAGGUGCGAGGCCCUUGGGGUUGGGGUCUGAGGCUUGGGCUCUGCCUGGGCCGCGCGGACCCUGAAGUGGGUGAGGCGGCCCAGGGAGCAUGAGCGGGCAGCGCGUGGACGUCAAGGUGGUUAUGCUGGGCAAGGAAUACGUGGGCAAGACGAGCCUGGUGGAACGAUACGUGCACGACCGCUUCUUGGUGGGGCCCUAUCAGAACACCAUCGGGGCUGCUUUCGUGGCCAAGGUGAUGUGCGUUGGAGACCGGACGGUGACUCUGGGUAUUUGGGACACAGCAGGUUCCGAGCGCUACGAAGCCAUGAGCAGAAUCUAUUACCGGGGUGCUAAAGCUGCAAUUGUCUGUUAUGACCUCACAGACAGCAGCAGCUUUGAGAGAGCCAAGUUCUGGGUUAAGGAGCUGCGCAGUUUAGAAGAGGGCUGUCAAAUCUACCUGUGUGGCACUAAGAGUGACCUGCUGGAGGAAGACAGGCGGCGCCGUCGUGUAGACUUCCACGAUGUUCAGGACUAUGCUGAUAAUAUCAAAGCCCAGCUCUUUGAAACAUCCAGCAAGACAGGCCAAAGUGUGGAUGAACUCUUCCAGAAAGUGGCAGAGGAUUACGUCAGUGUGGCUGCUUUCCAGGUGAUGACAGUCACCUCUCUCGUUGACAGAGGACAAAGGUGUGGAUUUGAGCCAGAAGGCAAACCCUUACUUCUACAGCUGUUGUCAUCACUGAGUCACGACUCAUCUGGCCCAGUGGAAUUAGAUGAAUUCCCAGAGAGGCUGGACCUGACUCUUGUCUGGGCUGGAAUGGUCAAGCGUCUGAGCUAUUCCAGGUGCCUCUCACAGCAGAGGUGGCACCUGCCUGUGCUGGCCCAUGGAACGGAGGCAGUAUUGGGCUGAUUGUGGGCAUGAGGAGGGAUAAGGGAUGAUUUGAAUCCCGGGCUUCUGUCCUGGCCAGAACUUCUGUCCAGACUAUUUAAGUAGCUUCUGAACUGUAAAUAAAAUUGAUGCAUUUCCUUGCUGUGUGCA